UGACAAUGGCCAAGUGUUGUAUCUUAGCAGUCUUAUGUCUGGUGAUAAUUUCAUGUGCUCAGCUUGGAGAGUCUCUAUAGAGAUGUUGCAAGAGCCGUGUAUUCGGCCCUACAGCCCACCUUGAAUGACAUAAAGGCUGACAUUUCCUCUAUGAGAAACGACAUAUCUUCCAUGAAGGGUGAAAUAGCUAAACCAAGCGAAAGAAUAGAUAGUCUUACUGCGGAAGUAGCAUCCAGGAAAGAGGAACUUGAUGAAACACAGGACUCAAUGGAUGACAUUAAACAGUGUGAUUGUAAGUGUGACGUCGAUAUAUAACACAACAAAAGACUCGGAAAUGACUGGUGAGAGUGGAAACUACACAUGUGGAGGUACAAGUGGUUGGAGACGUGCAGUCUACUUAGA